AUGGCGUUCAGUAGCGAUGCUGGUAAGCUGCCAAAAGCGCGGCCUCGAGAAGGUCUACAGCUUCGGCCUUUGAAUGUCGAGAAAGGGUCCAAAAGAGUAUGUAGCUACCCCUCUUCUACCGUCAUGAAAGCUACUCCAGUGUGCAAAUCGACUUACAAGCAUGCUGACCUCCCACCAAGUACUCUUCCGCAGAUGAUACUUUCCCUCCUCAGACCGCCACUUGGAGGAACAACUUGGUACUUUAUUGCUGCCUUUCUUGUGCUACCUGAGUGCCAUGCGCUAAUUUUGCUGAAGAUGGCGCUUUCCCAGCGCCGAAACUUAUUGUUCGUCGCUUACAGUCACCAAAUCUAUGUCUGGGAGCCAUCAGGGUCGUUUCAGACGCUGGGAAACAAGCCCGAGAUGAUAAUAACCCCCGUAAUGAAGGUUCCCCAUGCUAGCGGCUAUAUUGCACCAGCUUCGCCACACGCGAUCAACAACCUCCUUGUGGAUGAUCUAGGUCGAGAUGAAGUCCUAUUACUUGUUACUGAUUCCGGCAACGUUUGUGGGUAUCGAGUCGAGGCCAUCUUCUCUGCCUUGAAGCGAGCGGCAGAGAAUAAGGAAGAGCGCCCCCUCGAUGGAUCCCAGGUGGAUCCAUUCUUUGUGGAAUUUGUUCAAGCUAGUGCCUGGGGCCUGGCUAUCCAUAAAUUCGCCCGCCUCAUUGCAGUGAGCGCGAAUACGGGCCUCAUAACCGUUUUUGCCUUUGCACUCGUGAACCCCACUUCGGAAAGCAGUAGCUCGAGCUAUCACCCAGAAGACGAUGAUGAUAUGAUCGAUUACGGCCAAACCUGGCUGGAGGUCAGGACCAAGGACCAGUUCAAUCAGCUGCGACAUCUGAUGCCGGACAGACACCGCACACGAAAUGUUAAGCUGACUUAUACCGGUCAUUACGCUAAUAUCCCUUCCGUUGGUUUCUUGAAUUGCGAUCUCGACCCUAACGGCAAUUGGAUGGUGAGCACAGACAUCGAUAAUAGGCUCCUUGUAUGGCGGGUAUGGGAUAGUCUUGGCCCUUUCAACGUGAACCACUUCAAUGAUGUCUCUUUCAAGUUCUUCCCGGAGACCCUACGUAACGAUGAACGUGGCUGGUCUGUGAUUGCCCUCGACCCGCGGACCUUCCAUCGUGUUAAGUCUACUGAAGAAGCUUGUGGCGGCCCACCCAAUCGCCGGGUAAAGGGCGGCCGGACCGUUUACGACCUAACGAGAGCGAACAGUCGGAUACCGAACGCUUCACAGAUAUACAACUUCUUCCCACCUGCAGUGAAGAUCGAGUCAGAGGAACCUGUUUUGCCCGACAUAUUUGGAGCCGACUGUUGCAUUAGCAGACGAAACGGCCCAUCCCAGGCCGCUUUUGGUGAUGGCUCAUCAGCGGCACUUCGUCGCAAUCCAAGCGAUGGCGCGUCGGCAGAGUUUCUUGAUGCCAACGGGUCGUCCACGAUCACUGGAAAUGUUCGUCCUUUUGAUUUUGCUGAUACGUUCAGCCACCGAGCCGUCAAUGGGUCUGUAUAUGGCGACAACUUGAGCCGCGACGGCUCUGAUGUGGAUGUGGGAGCGCAUAAUGCAGCAGGUAAUGGCCAUUGCCAGCCACUAAACCGUACAGUUCAGAGAAUUGACGCUCUUCAUCUAGGCCCUGGCCCCCUGACCACACCAGAAUUCCUUCAAUUCGCACUUCUUGAGGCUCUUGGCGGCGAAGCACCCGGUACCGAAUUUUAUGAGGACGAAAUAGAUUAUUACCUGGCUGGAGGCACUUACAGUUCCGAUCAUGAGCUGGAUAAUGCCGACAGUACUUCCUCCUAUAAUAGCGACAUGUCAGCAGCGGGGCCUGUUUCAUACCCACUACUUGACGGUGAGUUGGAUUACCCUCAAAGCUCUACCCCCUGUAGACAUUGUCAUGUUGAUAACAUUUCGGAUACGAAUUCAGCAGGUUCCCGAUUUCCCAUCCUACACUUCUCACAAACAGACAUCCGUUUAAUACCCCAUCCAUUCGCAAAUUACGCCACAGUGGUCUGCGGCGACCCUUUACGACAACCCCUUACCCACCCCAUUGUCUCCAUCCGAGCCUGCGAUCGCUUCAACAUGGUGAAAUAUGUCCCAGAACAUGGCAUCGUGAUUGCCGCCUCCCAAAAAGGCCGCGCAGCCGUUAUAGCCCUCACGGAAUCUGAAGCAACCGGCCUAUCAUUCCGAGUCGAUUGGAUUGUACCGUUCGAGAGUCAAGAAAAAUACGGCGACCGUCCUCUCGUCCCCAUCUUGGGAAUGAGCGUCAGUCCCAUCCAAGGUUUCGAGAUCCCGCCGGACGUACCUUAUAUCCCCCGCGACGUCAAGCCCGACGACCUCGCCUUCCAAUUCAAGUACCUGAGUCAUGACGAACCCAGCUCCUCUCUAUCAAGCAGCGUCAUGCUACAACAGAGUUCCUUCAAUGAAGAGAUCAACGAUUCGGAAGUCGAUCCCAGUGAAACUGCCGAUGACGACAGCCCCCAACCACCCCCGCUCAGCUUGCCAGAAUGCCACGCCCGCGCAAGCAGUGCCUACCAGCCCGAGGAAAGCUGGCGCGGCUGGAACCCAUCGCGCCAUUACCGGCUAAUGCUCAUGUACGCGGACCAUACCAUCAUGAGUUAUGAGUUCUGGUACAAGUGGAAUACUACGGAUGCCGGUCCGAAUGGCCAGGAUCUCGACGAGGAAGAUGAUAUCCUCCUUGUAUAG